AGAGUAAAUAAAACAGGAGGACCAUCUCAUAAAUGAAUCACAGUUUGUUAACCUGAGACAACUAGAGACAAGAAGGGGAACCUGAAGCUGAAGAUUUAAAGUUCACACAGCUGACACACGAGCUACAGGAACAAUGUGGCAUGCAGCCUUCCUGUUAUUGGCUGCCAGCUUGUCUGUGAGCCUGGCUGCACCCCGCCUCCUUCCACUGUCCAGUGACAUGGUCAACUACAUCAACAAGAUCAACACUACCUGGACGGCUGGUCACAACUUCCAUAGUGUCGACUACAGUCAUGUAAAGAGACUCUGCGGUACGAGGCUGAAUGGACCUAAACUGCCCAUCAUGGUUCAGUACUCUGGAGACAUAAAGCUGGCUAAGAGCUUUGACUCCAGAGUCCAGUGGCCCGACUGUCCCACCCUGAAGGAGAUCAGAGACCAGGGCUCCUGCGGGUCCUGCUGGGCGUUUGGCGCGGCAGAGGCCAUCUCCGACCGUGUGUGUAUCCAUAGCAACGCCAAGGUCAGCGUGGAGGUCUCCUCCGAGGAUCUGCUGACCUGCUGCGAGAGCUGUGGCAUGGGAUGUAAUGGUGGCUACCCUUCAGCUGCCUGGGACUUCUGGACCAAGGAGGGUCUGGUCUCUGGAGGUCUCUAUGACUCCCACAUUGGUUGUCGGCCCUACACCAUCCCCCCCUGUGAACACCAUGUGAACGGCAGCAGACCCUCCUGCUCUGGGGAGGAGGGGGACACCCCCGAGUGCGUCUCCACUUGUGAAGCUGGAUACACUCCCAGCUACAAAGCAGACAAGCACUUCGGUAAAACUUCUUACAGCGUGCCGUCAGAUGAGGAGCAGAUUCAGAGUGAGAUAACCAAGAACGGCCCUGUAGAGGGAGCCUUUACCGUCUAUGAAGACUUCCCGCUGUACAAGACUGGUGUGUAUCAGCAUGUGUCCGGCUCUGCUUUGGGAGGCCACGCCAUCAAGAUGCUGGGCUGGGGAGAGGAGGGCGGCGUCCCCUACUGGCUCUGCGCCAACUCCUGGAACACUGACUGGGGAGAUAAUGGGUUCUUCAAGAUCCUGCGUGGAUCUGAUCACUGUGGUAUUGAGUCUGAGGUUGUGGCUGGGAUUCCCAAGUAAAUACUGAGGUUUUUGGCUGCCGUUUCCAAAUACUCAUGAUCACUAAAGAGGAGACGCUGAACUCUCCUCAAAUGUAACUUGUCUCACAGCUUUUAGUCCUUUCUUUUAGAUAAAGCCAACUGAUCACCAGGCACCAUCACCUCAUUUAGGUGAAAUAGCAGGAGUAUGUGCCUGAGCACAAACUAGCAUUCUUGAAUUGAAGUUUUUUUAUGUGACAGAGUCGUUGUUUUACAGCAAGUUAAAUCAAAGAUAAUGUGCAUUUAAUUUAAUCUCAGGUGAUUUGGAGCAAACUGUCACUGUUUUUAGAAUAUGUUUUUGUUCCCUUGUGGACACAUUUUCUUAUCUGACACUGGUGGAAAGUGCGGGGCAUCUUCAACUAUUCAGCCAAUGAUUGAAAGAAAUUACAAUACCCUGCCUUAACACAGCAAAGAAAGGUCAGUUCGAUAUGAAUGUGUCUAAUUUGUAAUGGUCACAGCUUUCAAACUUUGAUAUUUGUAUUCAAUAUAAUUUCUCAAUGCCACUCCAUAAUGUUAGGAUGAACUCCUUGUGAUGCCUGUUAGUGUUUUUACAUAUUAAGCAUUGGUGGACAAAUUGGCUUUUUUAAAUGGGGUUGAUAAUGGGAUGUUUUUAUUGUCCGCCAAUUGGAUCUAAAAUAUUUGCGCCCAACUGUAUGUUCUGAAAUAAAUGAAUAUGUGUUUCCCCAAUAUGUGUUACUCUUUAA